AUGAUUCAGCUGAGUACAACACCAUUGCUUCCUUCUACUUACAGUGCAGCUGGAUCUCAAGGACAAAGCAACACUACAAGAUUUCCUGACAAUGAAAUUGAAAACUCUACUGAAAUCAUAUUAUAUCUGCUUUUCAGUCUUUUUCUAUUCAUAUGCAUAUUUGGGCUGGUGGGGAAUGGCAUUGUUCUUUGGUAUCUCUGUUUCCUUAUUAAGAGGAAUCCUAUCACCACCUAUGUCUUGCACUUGGCUGCAGCUGACUCUGGGGUGCUCCUUACCAUAGUAGUCUUAGCACUUACAAAUGAUUUCUGGUUUUUGCUCUGUUUUCUUAUCACUUACACCAGUAGCCAAUAUCUUUUGACAGCCAUCAGCACUGAGAAAUGUCUGUCUGUUGUUUUCCCAAUCUGGUAUCGAUGUCAUCGGCCCAAAUAUCUAUCUGCUCUUAUUUGUACAUUGCUAUGGAACAUAUCCUGUUUGAUUAUUGGAAUCCUCUUUUUACCUAUAAAUCGUUUUUUGGCAAUGGAAAUCAUCAGUAUUACUAACUUCAUACUUUGUACCCCCACUGUGAUCAUCUGUACUGUUCUUCUUUUUAUUAGAAUAUACUGUAGUUUACAUGGGCGUCGGCAAGGCAAGUUCUAUGCUGCCCUCUUGCUUAUCCUUCUUGUCUUUAUCCUCUUUGGUGCCCCAUUCAGCAUAACACUAAUUUUUGUAUUCUUUAGUGCUUUAGAUGAACUGCAUUCUGAAUAUCUGUGGACUAUAUCUGUAAUGUGUGCCUCAAUCAAUAGCAGUGUCAAUCCAUUGAUUUACUUCCUAAUUGGGAGGAAAAAGAUGCAGCGAUCAAGAGAAUCUUUCAAACUGGUCCUCCAAAGAGUUUUCAGUGACAAUGUUGAUUGUAGAGAGGGUAGGCAACCUGUGUAAAUGCCCUUGUGGGAAUGUAAGAAAUGGAUUGAAGCACAACGUAAUGUAUUUUCCCUUUCAAACCAGCCUAUGUUCUGAGAUCUAUUUGGGAGGCCCUUUCCUCUGUCCUAUCACCUUAACAGGUAUAUCUAGUAGGAACAUAGGGAGACCCUUCUGAGUAACUGCCCCCAGAGUCUGGAAUUCCCUUCUCAGAGAAGUGAGCCUGACACUUUCCCUACUUUCUUUUCAUAAACAAGGAAAGAGUUUUCUAUUCCAACAGGUGUUUAAUGAGAAAUGAAAUAAGGUCCAUCUUUUAAAAUGAGCUGUAUAUUGCUAUAUGUUAUAGAGCUAAUUGACUGUGGAAGUUUUAAAGGGUUUUAAUUAUUUUUGUAAUCUGAUGGCUAUAACCUGAAUUUGGUUGUCAUGA